UUAUUUUCAUUUGAACCGGAAAAUGAUGAUCACUGUAGCAUCUAAAUUGUUGAUUCAGAUUUGCUUGUUGACUGUUAUACAUCCUUACAUCUUUGAGUGUCUCGAAGGUGUGUUCGUAGAAAGGUGCUCAGACGUUGGUAAAUUCGAAGUUAAGGAAUACGCAAAGACAAUCUUUGAAAAUGAGUCAUAUAAAAAAGUGGAUAAUUAUUAUUAUUUACAGAUCGUCCGUGGUGAACAACCCCCUCCAGUCGUGGAAGGAAAUUUCGUUCAACU